AUGUCUCAUGAUACCGCUAGCCCCGCGGCAAUACAUCUUUCAAGUGCAGAGAGCGGCCAUGCGAAGCGUCGAAGAGAGCUUCUUUCUCUCAUCAAGCACUUACGCGCAAUCGGGGCACAAGCAGACUUUGACCUACCGCACAUUGCAGUAAUCGGCAACCAGAGCGCGGGCAAGUCGAGCCUAGUAGAAGCUAUUUCAGGAAUCACCGUGCCUCGGGAUGCCGGGACUUGUACUCGCUGCCCAAUAGAAUGCCGUCUCUCCAACGCUCCCGAGUGGUCCUGUCAGGUUUCCAUCCGCCUAGAGUUCGACAAUCAUGGUCAACGGAAGCGUAAGGUGGAGGAAAUCACCUUCGGAGGACCCAUUCGCGACAAGACCGCUGUGGAGCUCGCUCUCCGGAGGGCCCAAGCCGCGGCUCUGAAUCCCAGUUUGCCCAUAUCAUCUUUUGUCGAAGUUAGUGCAGAAAUGAUAGGCUGCGGGCAAUUUGGAACAGAGCGGCAGCUGUUGUUCUCCAGAAACGCUGUAUGCCUCGAUGUCUAUGGUCCUGAUCUGACAGAGCUAUCUUUCAUUGACUUACCGUUGGUAGAGGAGCUGGUUCGACAUCAUAUAGGAGGCCAGCGCCUAAUCUUGCUUACCAUCCCUAUGAGCGAUGACAUAGAGAAUCAAAAGGCGGUGCGCCUUGCAAAGGAUGUGGACCCAGACGGCAUACGUACGAUAGGAGUUCUGACUAAACCCGACACAAUCCCUUCUGGAGCGACCAACGCGCGAAGGUCCUGGCUUGAGAUCAUUGAAGGCCAGAAGCAUCCUCUCAAGCAUGGCUACUACUGCACAAAACAACCGGAUGACGCGGACAGAGCAAAAAGAAUCACAUCGACAGAAGCUCGUGAGGCGGAGCAGAAGUUUUUCAACACGAGCCGACCAUGGUCUGAAUCAGCGCAUCGCCAGCGCUUUGGUACUGGCAACCUUGUUGCUAAUCUCAGCAGACUCUUGACAGGGCUCAUUCACGACAUCGUGCCCGUACUUCGAGAUGAGGUAGAACGCCAGCUCCAGGACUGCGAGAAGCAGCUCAGUGAACUCCCUCCACCACUCACUACUGACCCACCCGCUGCCGUCCUUAGCUUAGUAACAUCGUUCUGCAAUGACGUCAAUUCAUGGGUGCAAGGAGGACCAAAUACUGCCGAUCUCGUUCAGAACAUAAGAAAGAUACAUAAAGACUUCAAGACUACUAUUCGUCGAACCGCGCCUCACUUCGUCAUCCACGUACAAGGAGAGCGGAUACCUGUUCGAGAUCAAGGUAUAGAUCUGCGCACAAUUUUUACUUCGGGCGGGCCAAUUACUCUUGGCGACAUACAUGAACAUAUGGAGAGCUGUGUCACACGCGAGCUGCCCAACAACGUCCCAUAUCGAGCAAAGAUAACCUUGAUCGAUGCUUUCAUGACUCAUUGGGAAGAUCACGCCUUGAACAUGUUCGUACAAGUGUACAACGCGUUCGUAGAGAGUGUAGAGAAGCUCGUAAAGACCCGCUUCGGCCGAUUCAAGAAUUUGGAACAUUGCGUGAAAUUGGUGGUCGCGGAACAGGUGAAGGCACAUCGGGAUGAGACAUGUCGCUUCAUCUGCAAGCUGCUCAAACUCGAAUCCACUCCCUUCAGCCAGAAUACUCACUAUCUGGCGGCGUCGAAGGAUAAGCAUCUCGCUCUCUAUAAGGAUAUGCGCGCCGGGAAGAUGCAGGUACCGUCGGAUUCCUCCUUACCAUCUCCUGCGAAACGGCAGAAGAUGAUGUACAGGGAGGUUUCCGAUACCAUUUUUGAUGACAAAGAAGAUGAAGAGGAAAGCAACGAUGACAGUAGCUCUUCGACGACCUCGGAACUACCGACACCGCCGAAAAGAGCUGAAAAGACCAAAGCGAAAGCUGCUUCAAAUUCAUUAACGUUAUCGCCUAGUCGAGAAUCCACUUCGAGGUUCGUGGAACAGCUGCCAAAGAACCCACCAUCAAAGAAAGAUCAACAGAGUACCAAUGUUCUCGACAAGGCGGCCGCUCCGGCAGCAGCCCCAGCGACUCCUUGCGCAAGUGUAGGAGGGUCUCAAGCCGCAAAGCCUGUGGCAAUACGACCUAUCAUCGACGAUACAGAACGCGCCGAAGCCGAAGCUGCCACAUUAGCAUCGCUAGCUAAACUAGGCUAUCACUGCACUCUAGAAGAUCUUGGAAAACUCAACCCUCCAGACAUAUAUGAGGAAGAAUUGCAGUUGAUGGCGGAGGUCAGGGGCUACUUCCAAGUCGCAUACAAGGCAAGUUCUAUUAGGAUAAUCGACAAUAUUCCUCUCGCAAUAGACCAUACAUUUUUGUUCGCGUUCGCUGACGCACUUCAAGAUCAUCUCAUCGAGAAGUUGGGCCUUGGGUCCGAAGGAGCCGCUGCCAGAUGUGCUGCGUAUGUCAGCGAAGAUGCGGACGUUGCAAGGAUGAGGAUGGAGCUGUCUAGCAAGAAGGACAGGUUAUUUAGCAUCAAGGAGAGGCUGUUCGAAUUCGAACAAUCGCAGUAG